AUGAAGCUCCAAAAAGAUGCAAUUAAUGUUCUUUCUCGAGCAUCGGCAUACCUUCAAUCAGGCGUACUAAGUCGUAAGCCGGUAUGGUUUGACAUUGUGGAGAAAUAUCCACCAACACAUAACCUUAUCAAAAAACCAUAUAUAAAACAAGCUGAAAGUCAAGAUCCACGAAAUGAUCUUCUAGAGGGGACAAACCAAGAAACACAACAAGCAAGAUCGCAUGUCUCGCAACUAUUCAAAACGCGCUCUACCAAGUUGGAAAGAUCUAAUCGGAACAACAAUAUUCACAGAGCACCAAAGUUGAAAUUUAUUGAAGACGAAUUAAGAAAUUUUUUUCAUUCACAACAUCCAUGGGAGUUAGCACGUCCUAAAACUUUGAUAGAAAAUAAGGGUGAUGAGAUAUCACGAAAAUGUGACUGGUCACACAUGUUACAGCUUCAAAAACCAUUGGACGGAGAAUCAGUUGUCCAGCGUACAAUGUACAUUAUACAGAACGAUCCAGAAGUAACGGAUAUUUUUGAUGCUUACGAUAUGGCAAGGUUCGAAUAUUACAAAUUGCGUAUGGCUGAGGAGAUGGAGAGCCAUAUCGCGAGGGAAGAAAGUGCAAUGCAUGGAGCGGUAUUUGAAUCUACCCAUGCUGAUUGGAAUUUGCGUAAUGAACAAAAUUACAUUGACGAUUGGGUCAAAUUGGCUGGUGACGAAACCAAGUUUAUGGAAGCAAAUGCAAAUAAACUGCGCGCUCCAGUAGGGUCAAUGGUUGAAGGAGAAGAAAAAUCAACAACUUCGAUGUUUGAAGAUUUGUUGCUGGCAAAGAGUACAGUACCCGAUAUAGAAUAUGACGAGGGAGAUACCAAGUUGUAA